CACCCCACGACUUCCCAUAGUGCUCCGCGACAGCCGCUAUGGAGGCCGGCAGGACAGCUGUGCUUCGCGUGAAGCGGAAGCGCAGUGCGGAGCCCGCCGAGGCUCUUGUCCUCGCCUGUAAACGCCUCCGGAGCGGCGCACUCGAGUCGGCGGCCCAAAAGACGCCCCCGGAAGGUCUACAGAGAGCGGCAGAAAAGAAUGUCUUCCAGUUGGUGGCCACCGUGCGCUCCCAGGAGGAGCCAGUCAAGCCGCUCGUGCGGGCCGCCCUGCGCCCGUCCCAGGGCAGCCAGCAGCGUGUCCGCCGCGACCUCCGCGCAUCGGCUCGGGAGAUCCGUCGGGAGGGCCGCUACAGGGUGGUCUCUAGCCGCCGAUCCUCGGGGAUUCCCUUGGGUGGCCUAGAGUCCGAGGACGCGCCAGGAAACCCAGAAGCCGCCGAGGACGCAGGCUUUCAGCUGUUGGACCUGGUCCACGAGGAAGGAGACCUAGAGGCCGCCGCCGCGGACUCCUGCAAAACAUCUGAUCCAGAUGUGAUCCUCUGCAAUUCUGUAGAGUUGAUUCGUGAGCGGUUGACCAUAUCUGAAGAUGGACCAGGAGUCGGGCACCAGGAGGAACAGAAGGACGACUAUGUGUAUGACAUUUACUACUUGGAAAUGGCCACUCCAGGAUGGAUUGAGAACAUCCUCUCUGUGCAGCCCUACAGCCAAGAGUGGGAGCUGGUGAAUGAUGACCAACAACCAGAGGACAUUUAUGAAGAUGAAGAUGACGAGAACAGUGAGAAUAACUGGCGCAAUGAGUACCCAGAGGAGGAGGAGGAGGAGGAGAACAGUGAUGGAGAUGAAGAGUCCAGAGGCUCUGAUGAAUACAGCAGCCUCAGUGAAGAGGAAAGCGGCAGCAGCAGACCACAGAUGUGGCGCAAAUACCCUUUGGAUGUGCAGAAGGAGUUUGGCUACGACAACCCACAUGACCUGGAUUCAGACUGAUGCUCCUGUGAUACCUAUGAGGUUCUAUUUCAGGCCCCUGAGGGCUCUAAGACUACAGUACCAGCUGCCCUGAUAACAUCCACUCAGGUUUCCUAGCUUAACAUAUGGAAGGAAAAAGCAUGUCUAACAGCACUAUCCUACCAGUGAAAACUGGUGCUAAUGGAGUGUGUCUUUUCCACUAACAUUAGGGCCCCUUUGCUUCAAUCAAAAGUGAUCUUACAGUCUGGAAAAAAAAAUGUUGUAAAAAUGAAGCUUCCUGGCCCGGGCAUUUUCCCAAUCUCCUACACUGAAGCCAGUAAGUGGAGGAGAGGCUCCUGUUUCAUCAGCACUAAGACUCAGCUUUCUGAUACCAGCAGGCCACCUGGCUCCAGUAAAAGCCUGUUUCUUUUGAUAAAGGGAAUCUAGAAGGGCUGUAGUGGGUCCCUUGUAGCAGCACAGACUGGAUAGUAAUGGCAAUUAGGGAAGGAAGUAGAAUCUGCCUGAGCUGUGAGAGGUUUUAAUUAACAGCUGUCUCUACCUCCCUGCUCCCUGACUCUAAUAAUGGUUGUAAAGAUUGCUGUCUUCCUUUGGCAGUGGUGCCAAGGAACAGAGUAUGUAUGAAUGUAAUACUCUGUGUUUAGUAAAAACUAACUUUAAAUAUG